GAGUGUGAGUGAGCAGGCUCUCAUGAAGCCAAUUCCAGAUGCCAUUAGCGGUCUGCAGAGGCUUCAAUCACUCACUCUGAAAAACUGCCACCUGCUGGGCCCACUGCCGUCCGCACUCUUCACUCUGCGCCACCUCACUGAACUGAAUCUGAACUACAACGACCUUUCUGGGUCCAUCCCCGCAGACAUCAGCAAGCUUAGCAACCUGCAGUAUAUCGGCAUGCAGUGGAAUGCUGUGGACGGUUCACUGCCCCUGGAGAUGUCCUCCCUGAACAAGCUUACAACCCUGGGGCUAAGCCACAACGCUCUUUCUGGGUGGCUGCCAGGCUUUUUAACUCGGCUCUCCAACCUUGCCAUCUUAUCCCUGAGCUACAACAGUUUUACAGGACCCCUGCCCGACAUUUUUUCCCAGCUGCAACGACUGUCACAACUGUACCUGGAGUACAAUAGGCUGCAAGGAAGCAUCCCCUCAUCGCUUGGAGCCCUCUCUCAGCUGCGCAUCCU